AUUAGCAGAUUAUCUGAGCAUACUAAUGAAUUCAUGCCAAUGGUGCAAGUAAAAUAGGUAACAGAUUUAGCAUUUGCAUAGACUCAUCUUAUACCAGUAUUCUGUGUCCAAAAUUGGCAGAGCACACACGAUUAAAAUGAACUUAAGACAGCAUCCUGAAAAUUUUCUUCCAUUUAUGUAAUUCACCAUGUCAUUUCAUCACAGUAACUCUUUAAGAACAGACCAGCUAUAAUACAACUGUAUUUACAUAUGUAUUUAGUUUAGUUAAUGCAGUUCAUUGGCACUGUAAUAAUAUUCAUUGACAUGUCAGUUUUGUUUCAUUUGGAUUGCAAAGGUUUGACAAUAGGCCCACACGGAAAGCUUUUUUUUUUAGGAUUUAAGGUGAGGUACUCUGACGAUAGAGGCAUCACAUCCCUCUACUAUGUACACAUAAUUGAAAGACUACAUGGUGCAGCAGCCCAAGAGACCCAAAUUGGUUUCAGAAUUCUUUGUAAAAACAUGGCAAGAUAUUGAUUCUGAAGUUCCUGAUGAUGGUGUAAUAUAAUCUGGAUUGUUGGGUUUUGGACCUUGUUCAUUGAUGUUAUAAAAAACAGAACAUUUUGAGAACUGGAUCUAGCCUCAUCUUCAGGAGUAGUGAAGGGGGUACCUGCACUGUGGGGUCCAUUACAAUGAGCUAAUUCCAAACACUGGACAUCCAUUGAUUGGGAUUAGCUUCACUACACCUGAAUACAAGGCAAGAUCCAAUUCUCGAAACUUUCUGUGUUUUGUAACAUAAGACAAUGAACAUGGUCCAAAAGCCCAACAAUCCAGAUAACAAUAUAUCAUUCUGACAUCAUUUACAAUGGUGUACUGGUACUGUUAGCUACAUAUGUUGUUUUCUUUAUGCGCUCAAUUCAGUAGUUGGUCCUUUGGUCAGUGAUGGUGUUUGACUGUAGUAGGAUGAUUAAUACAGUUUUAUAUAAAUCAUCAAAAAUUGAAAUUUGUAAUAAAAACAUUAGAUGCAGUAUCUGAGAAAUAUAGUUUUCCAAGAUACCCUGAGCCCUGCAAUUUGGACAUUGUCCUGAGCCAGUUCCAUCCUAACAGUCCAAGUCCAGCCAGCCUAUACUCUCAUCCCAUUUUGUCUUACAAGUAAGCACAUUCCAAGAUGUCUCCCUCACCAAAAUUAUGUAUGUAUUUAUUUUUCCUCUGUUCAAACUGUAUGCCCACCUUAUCAUAGCCUCCUAGAUGUCACUGUCCUAAAAUAUGGUAUAGUUUAGGUGUAAAAAUAUGAGGCUCAUUUGAACAGGGUUGUCUCAGCAGCAGACUUGCCUUGUUUGAUUGUUUGUUGGUACUUUAUUUGGGCAUGUCACUGAGUUUAUGAUGUGAUUGGUGUCCAUGCUUAGGGCCCCCUUCAUCAUUUUUGACUAUUGGACACAAAAUUGUAUUUAAUCAGAUCCUGCUGAUAAGCUGAAAACGGUUGAUUUCAAAAUCACCUGUAACACCCCGUCCUUUGUAGCAUUAUCCAUGGUACAACUCAUCUACGACUCUUUUCGCCUUUACAUCAUGAUAUCAUCGUUGAAAUCAUCAUUCGGUUACGUUAAUAUAUUUCGUUUAUCUGUGUAUAAUAUUGUCUACGGACCCGUGGAAUCCUUAGAAUUAUUGCCUUUGCUUGGACUGGAUAUUCGAAAUGUUAGGUGUGGAAUAGUGAAAAUUUGUUCGCGUUUUCUGACAAAUGUAGUAAAAGUCUCGAUAAUGCCUGUGAUAUAACUUUUGUACGUGCAGAAGCAGGGAGAAUCUAAAAAUGUUGGCGGGAGUAGAGUGGGAUUACAACAGACUGGAAGAUGGAACACACAAAAUUGCUGGUGAAAUCCAGUUACGGACAUACGGUCAGUUUCUUGAAGAAUAUGGUGCUCAGCUUAAAGGGAUUGAAGAAGCUCUAGAAGACAGUGUGUGUGAUUCCUGGGAUGUGAGUCUGAACCCUAUCUCCCUGCAGUUUGUGCCAUAUGAACGUACAACAUUGUUGCAGCUCAUAGACACUGAUAACAAGGUCUUAAACAAAAUUUUAGUUGUGUUUGCAACUUUGUGUGCUGAAGUGAGAUAUUUGCAAUCUGAAGCUAAAGACAAAUACUAUGAUAUCAUUCUCUUCUAUGGUGAAGGAGGAGAAGGGAAUUUGCAAGAUGGUGCUGCCCAGUUGCUUGUGAGCCGAAUGCUGCCUCACCUACAGGAGUUAUCUUGUUUUGUUAAACGUUGUGAGCAGGUAGCUGUGCAGAUAGUGGAACAGCUAGCAGCACUUUACAGUUCCUCCAAAGAUGCUCCACACAUUAUCAAUGCCACAGGUAUCCAUUUUCAGGAUGUGUUUGAACACCUUGGAGAUAUUCUGGUUAUACUAUUAACACUUGAUGAAGUGCUUGGUAACCAUAGCACACUGCAUGACCAUUGGAUAAUUUAUAAACGGACACUGAAAUCAGUACACCAUGAUCCGUCAAAAUUUGGAGUUGAGUUGGAGAAGCUGAAAAACUUUGAAAACCUCCUUUCUAAACUUGAGAAUCAUUUGCUAACUGGAAAGAUUUUCCAGAAAAUGGUAGAGCAGUCAUUUGGUGGGACAAAAGGGUUUAUCAGCAAAAAUAUCUCUCUGGCUGAAGAAUUUAAUCUGUACUUGAGAAAUGCCAUCACUGUUCUGGAAAUGAAAGCCGUAGAUCUGCCGGACUCUGAACAUUUGAUGCUGUGGGUAAAACUCAGUGCUCUGUAUGUACUCAAUUUCAACUUGUUUGGAACAGUUGACAGGAAAUUGUUCAAACAAUUGUGGGAUCUCAAUAAAAGGAUUCCAGCAGUCACCUUGGUAGGAAACAUUCUGUGGUUUCCAGAACAGUUUCUUUUAACACAUUUGACACAUAUGGCUAAACUUAUAGACAAGAAAACCCAGCAGAUUGUGCAGACUCGUCGGCAGGCAUAUCUUCAACAGAAAGCUCAGAGUUUACCUAAGGAAGUUCGGACAUUUUGUCUUCAGGCUUGUUUGUGGAUGGUGCAGAUGGAAACGACUUUAAAACGGGACUCUACUGUACUGAAGUUGGAAGAUUUGAACCAAAGGUGUGACUUAUUUCUACAGGGAGUUCAGUAUGCUUGUGAAAUUAGUCACUUACUAAAAACCGUCACAAAUCUUCACGUAACUCUCGCAAAACCGAUGACUAAAACUUCUGUGUUGGCUCUGUGUAAAUUAGUUGAACUUCUGAAAGGAAUUCAACACAUGUAUCUUCACCACAACAUGACCAUUGCUAAGUCAAUAAACCAUGUGGUUCAGCACUUGGCAUUCCAAGCUCUCAGCAUCAUUGUUUCAGCAAAGAAAGGCGUUGUCCAGGACAAGAGGUAUAGUGAGAAACAUCUUGACAUUUUGUCAUCUCUUGUGCUGGCUGAAAAAGUCUUGUAUGGACCAGGUACCAAAGAAAGACGCCUUAUUGCUUGCCUUGCUCUCUCCACGGCCAAUCAGAUGCGAACAUUUCGUGAUGAUGAAUGGGCAAUUUUAGUAGCACUGCUCCACAAACUCGACAUGAUGUGUGAUAUACAGGAGAAGGUUGCAUCUGCUUGUGACUGUUCAUUCUUCUACUGGCACAGAGUUAUACUGCCAACAUAUUUUGCAAAUCUUUAUGAAAGUAAGGUGGACUUGCACCGUUUAGCGUACAUGUUCUGUGCCCUGAGGGACUGCAUUCUGGCAAUGGAACGGACCAAGCAUAAUUCAUCGCCACAGGUCUUGAAAGAUUCCUUUGACAGAGAAAUCUGUGGAUAUCUCAGUGAACAGGUUCUGCAGCCACUGUGCCAUGAUAUUGAGACAAACCUGAGGCUCCACGUCCAUUCACAUCUUCAGUUGGACGAUAGAAAUCCGUUUCGUGUGGGAGUCAUGGAUUUUACUCCUUUUCUCAGGUUGAAGCCCUUGCGGUUCUUCAACAGAUAUAUUGACAUCAGAGGUUUUGUGGAACAUUACUUAGAUCAGACAUUCUACAACCUGACAACUGUGGCUCUUCAUGAUUGGAAGACCUAUGGGGAGAUGCGUAACCUGGCGCAACAUAACUUUGGCUUGGCUACUGUCGAGGAUCACCUGCCUAGUCAGACAUUAGAACAGGGUCUGGAUGUUCUGGAGAUCAUGCGGAAUAUUCACAUCUUUGUCUCCAAGUAUCUCUACAAUCUCAACAACCAGAUAUUUGUUGAACAGUCGAGCAACAACAAACACCUCAACACCAUCAACAUCCGGCACAUAGCUAAUUCCAUCAGGACUCAUGGCACUGGGAUAAUGAAUACAACGGUAAAUUUUACUUACCAGUUUCUGAGGAAGAAAUUUUUCAUCUUUUCCCAAUUUAUGUAUGAUGAACACAUCAAGUCACGUCUGAUAAAGGACAUACGAUAUUUUCGAGAAAAUAAGACUCAGCUGGAACAGAAAUAUUCUUAUGAGCGAGCUGACAAAUUUAACAAAGGCAUCCGUAAGUUGGGUGUUACUGCAGAUGGACUCAGCUACCUGGACCAGUUUCGAAUGCUGAUCAGCCACAUUGGCAAUGCAAUGGGCUAUGUCCGGAUGAUACGGUCUGGAGGUCUUCAUUGCUGUUCCAAUGCCAUUUGCUUUGUUCCUGAUUUGGAAGAUAUUGUAAGCUUUGAAGACCUAUGUAAAGAGGCUGAUCUCUCUAAUCAGUGCCGGUCUGCAGCUCACCGCCUUGAUCAAGUCAUAGGAAACUUAGUUCGUAACUUUGCAGAAGGAACAGAGUAUUUCAAGCUUCUGGUUGAUGUGUUUGCUCCUGUGUUUCGAGACCCAAAGAACAUGCACCUUCGCAACUUCCACAUCAUUGUUCCUCCACUUGCAAUCAACUUUGUUGAACACUCAAUCACUUGCAAGGAAAAGAUGAGCAAGAAGAACAAAGUUGGAGCAGCAUUCACAGAUGAUGGGUUUGCAAUGGGUAUAGCUUACAUUUUAAAGCUGCUAGACCAGUAUGAGGAAUUUGAUUCACUACAUUGGUUUCAAUCAGUGAGAGACAAGUACAAUAAGGAUAAAGCUUCCCUUGGGAAACACGGAUCAGUGGUUUCAAAAGAGGAUGAAAAGUUGCAGCAGACAAUGACUCUCACUGCAAGGAGGUUGGACAUGUAUCAACACGAAUUUGAUUUGUUGUACUAUAGUCUCAGUAGUGCAAGAAUAUUCUUCCAGAAGGAAAAUUCCACACUAGAAGAGGAAAAUAUGAAGACUGAAGCUACAUCAGCAAACAGCUUUUAAUGUUUGUCUCAGUGACACUAAACAGAGUCAAGCUUCAGGAGUAUUGUUUACAAUUCAUUUUGAAUGUUAAGUUGUUUAUCAGAGACUUUAUUUGCUGUCAAGAUUUUAAUGAACACAUUUGCCCUGAUCUUUAUAUUCCAUUGUCUUAUGUUUUAAAUCGGUCAGAUUAGGUAUCUACACAAAGUGAACCUAGAACAACACGGAGUCAUACAUGAACAUAACAAGGAAAAGCCAAACCACUUUUCUCGUCAUUGCUGCUGACGCGAGGCAAGUGACAGUGAUCGCGCACAGUGGAAUAGCUGUGCUCCGGUGUACCCACCAUAUCCUUGUACCGUCGACAACACAUGCAUUUAUUCAUGUUUAGUUUUCUGUGAGUGCUGAAAAUAUAUAUCCUUAUACAUUGUGUUAACCCUUUAA